AGGAUGAAAGGGAAGCGGCUGGACUGGAGUUUUCGGUGGGAGAUGGGAAAUCCCUUUGGAGCUGGACUUUGGGCUUUUUCACUUUGCAAACCUGUUAAAUGCACACACAAAAGUUAUAUAAUUCAAUAAAGGAGAGGGGAAAAGCCAAGAAGCAUAAGAACACCUCUUUAAACUGACACAAUUUGUUAGAGUGUGUUGGAGAGUCACCAAUCCAGUGUUUCUGUUUGUGUUUGUUUUCCAUUGUAUUAUGUAAAUUACCUCUUUCAUAAACAGAUGUGCUCCAGUGAAAGAGUUUGGAAACUUCUGCAUUUUGAUAUUCAAAUGCUGACAUUAAGGUGGUUCCAUGCGAUUGCAGAGCAUGUAAUCUUUUGUGUCUGCAUCAGCACAUCGAGGAGACAUCAGAGUGAAGCGGAGAGAAGAAUCAUCAAAUAGCAAAGAUGCAGUGGAGUCUGUUUCUGCUCAUUCUGAUGGGUCAGUGGUCCUUCUUCACUUGUCACCUCUAUGAGUAUCACUUUAUUGGAGAGGAAAAGACCUGGGAUGAAGCACAGAAGUAUUGCAAACAGAACUACACUGACCUGGCCACAGUGACUAACAUGGCAGACGUGAGGAGACUCCUUGACGCUACAGGGCAGCAAAGAGAAGCCUGGAUUGGGCUGUACAACCAAACAAAUGACAACAAGAUGUGGCACUGGUCUCUGCCAGGAGUAGAGUUCAAUGAUAGUGAAACAAGAUGGGGUGAUCAACAGCCGAAUGAUUGCAGAGGUGUUGAGAACUGUGUGUGUAUCGAUCCUAAGACUAGCUGGAACGAUGUCCUUUGUACUGAAAAUUAUAAAGUUAUCUGCUACAAUGAAACAAAUCAAUCCAAUGAAUUCAAAAUGAUUGAAAACCAGAUGACUUGGCCACAGGCUCAGAAGUACUGCAGAGAACAUCACACUGACCUGGUCAGCGGACUCAAUCAAGCUAUGCUCAUUAGGAACAUUACUUCUGAAAGGACGUGGAUCGGCCUGUUCAGAGACACCUGGAGGUGGUCAGAUGGGAGCAGUUCUUCUUUCAGAAGCUCCGAUCUCAAGUUAUUUACAAAUCAAGAAGGCAACAAGAAAUGCGCCAUGGCUGAGUUAAAUGGAUCUGGAAAAUGGGACUCUGAUGAUUGCAGUAAAACAAAACCCUUCUUCUGCUAUGAAGAUAAAGUGAUCCUGAUCAAAGAAAGUAAGACCUGGGAGGAGGCCUUAUAUUACUGCAGAGAGAACUACAGUGACCUGGUCUCCAUCACUAACCCUCACCAGCAGAUGUGGGUCCAAGAGAGAGCCAAGAACGCCUCAACUGAUUUCGUCUGGCUGGGACUGCGCUACACCUGCACUCUGGAUUUGUGGUUCUGGGUCAGCAAUGAUGGAGUCAACUAUACAAACUGGGACCCAGAUAGAAAGUCGGAUGACUGUGGCAUGUCUGGAGCCAUGGACAGAGGAGGACAACAUCAGUGGGUCACAAAGCCGGAUAAUAACAAGUUUAAUUUCAUCUGUUCUAAGUGUUGAAACCCACUCUGCUCACUGGUGUCAGAUGUUUUAUUCAUUCACUCACUUGGUGAUUUAAUACUUUUGGAUAAGUUUACACUAUAUAUCUUCUUUGGGUUUAUUGAAUGGCUUUCUGGGAAAAGUACCAACACUGUAUUUAGUCACAAAGUACCACAAGAUUACUGAGGAUGUGGCCAAUAACAAGUUUUUCUGUCUCCUUUUUCUGAUUCACUGAAUGAUCACUAGAUGCCAGAUCACAGUGACUGUUUGUUUUUCUCUGAAGUUGUUGUGAUAGUUUAAAGUGUUCUCUUAAAGUGUGGAUGUUUUAUUAAUCGUCUUCUAUAAUUCAAAAUGUGUAGUUUGUUUUCUAUAUUUUUUCAAGAUAAUUGUUUACAUUUGCCUUCAUAUAUUAAACAUUUUAUCAUGUUUUGGUAGAGAUUUGGUGGUGGGGUCAUAUUAUAUGAAAUAUUAAAUGUCUUCUUUGAUGGUCAUAUUUUAUGUAAACAGAUACUUGCUUUCUCUGAGGAUAAAUAAACUGUUAAACCAUG